GCCCAUGGGAAGGGGAGGACAGCGGAAAUGACUUGCGUACCGCCCUCCUCUUCCAGGGGUGGGGGUGGUGACGUAGUUCCGUUUCCCGGCAGCGGGACGCGCAGCGCCAUGGCCGGCAUCAAAGCUCUGAUCAGCCUGUCCUUCGGGGGAGCGGUGGGACUGAUGUUCCUGAUGCUGGGCUGCGCCCUUCCUCAGUACAACCAAUACUGGCCACUGUUUGUUCUGUUCUUUUACAUCCUUUCCCCUAUCCCAUACUGCAUAGCAAGAAGAUUGGUAGAUGACACAGAUGCUACGAGUAACGCCUGCAAGGAGCUGGCUGUAUUUCUUACAACAGGCAUUGUUGUCUCAGCAUUUGGACUGCCUAUAGUGUUUGCCAGAGCAGAACUGAUUUACUGGGGCGCAUGUGCACUUGUUCUUACGGGGAAUACAGUCAUCUUUGCUACGAUCCUAGGAUUUUUCUUGGUCUUUGGCAGCAACGAUGACUUCAGCUGGCAGCAGUGGUGAAAGGAAGAUAGAGAACUAUCACAGACAUCUUGUCAUUCAGUGGCCAUCCAUACAAAUGAGAGAAUGGGCAAUAAAGAGAAGUAGUGUAGCAAGCCUCUCCAGUAUUCUAGACACUCCUUUUUCACUUUGUUUGUUCUGAGUGUACUACCGUUUUGCUGAUGGGUUUCUAAGUUUUUAUCAAGUAAGGAGAUAGCAGAUUUCAUUUUUACCUUUAGUAUGUUUUAGGUGGUCUCUUAGUUUGUCAUUCUUGUUCUGUUCAGUGUUUAUGUGAAGCUUUAAUGCUGAAACAAGAAUGUUAAACUUGCUUUGAAACCAUGUUUUAAAGUUGUUUCAUUUUAGCAUUAAUACAGUGCUUCAUUUCUUCUAAUGUGGCGAUUAAAUUAUAUACAAACUGAACUAAGGUAAGCAAUUGUACACCACCACUGUCAGUUACAGAUACACAGCUUGUUAUGAUUUUAGAAGAGGCAAGGGUGGGUGUGUACCAGUUACAGACUUUUUCUUCUGCCCGUACCUCAAACUGGGUGAUGAAUAGCCUCCAUUUAAGGAAAAGGCUGAGAAGCAGGUGGAGUUAUUUGGGAAAAGUCCUCAAUUUAAGCACCGCUAGCACUUUACCUGCUUCGUUAUCGAUUUUUGUGUGGAUGUGACAUUCAAAUACUCUGUAAAUGUGGUAAUAUUAUGACAUGCAAAACCAAAUUGCGUUGUAGGGGGAGGGGAAAAAUGAUAUAUAAAUUCCAUUUUUUUUUUUUUAAAACAAACAUCUUUUGAAUUCUAUUUAUAAUUGUUGUAUUGUUUUGAGCUUUUAUGUCAGCUUUUUACCAUGAAGAGGGUAAAAUAUUCAUUUAUGGAACUACUGCUACAUGUUAAUUUGAAGCAUAUACAAAACUUUUCCCCUUCCUCUUUUUAAUUUAUUUUAUACAUACUAUGAAUGGAAUAAAACUUUUCAAAUGUAAAUUAAAACUUUAUGUUAAACUUG